AUGACCGUGGCUAAACUUAACCAAUUUAUCGCGGCUGACCAAGAUGUUCAAGCCCUUGAACAAGGGGGCUAUGAAAUCCCUAAAGAUAAAACUAAUGCCGAAGAAAAACUUGACAUUUCGCAACGAGGAACCCAUCUUUUAAAGUUCUUUUAUGAAAAAAAUAAAGAUGGCAAAGAAGAACCAACCGAAGUAAUUGGUGGCGAUAAAGGAACGGCUGGCCACUUGGCCAUUGGAACUGGUAUUGGCAAAUCUACCAAAGUAGUUAAUUGUUUAUGUAAAGGAGGAGAAAGACACAUUAUUUUAGUAACUACUAAUCAAACUUUAGUCGAUAGAGAAACUGAAAUGGUUUAUGUUCGUCGCGGAACCAUGGAACGAGCCACGGAAGAAGAUAUUAAAGAAAAUCGACACGACCCGGAUUUAAAAACGCUUUACAAAUCCCACGAAGGAAUAGAAGAAGGCAAAAAAGGCUUGUCGGUGAUGUAUUUUGGUCACUUAUUAGGAUUUGUCGCCCGUAGUCUUUUCGUCGAAAAAGACACUAUUAUCGUUUUUGAUGAAGCCGAUUGGACUGAUGCUGGGUUUCAAGCCUUACAAUUCGAAAUGAUUAAAGCGGGUUAUAAAGUGUUAAGAAUGUCCGCUACUUUCCCCGGAGUGGAUUUCUCGGCUACUUCUACUUAUCCCCGGAAAAUAAUGUAUACGGGAAGAUUAGACCCGAACAUGCCCGCUGGAUUAAUGAGAAUAAGAAAUUCCGAACAUGCCGAAAAGCUGGAAACUAUGCGCGUUAAUACCGAAGAAAUGGUGCAAACUGGUCGCAUUUGGAUUUUCCUGAAAAGUUUAAAGUUAAGUGAUGAACAAGUUAGAAUUUUAGGAAACAAUGCCUCUUACAUGCUUUAUACUCCGGAAUUUGAUGAAAACUGCGAAGAGAUUACUUAUGGUCGUCCCGCUGGUUCGGCUGAUGGAGUUGAUGGCGAUAAAGACAGGGGGGUUAGUCCGAAAAUUGAUGCCGUGAUUUGUUUAGGGGCAACCGAAACUACUAAUUUACAAAAAUUUUUUACUUAUUCCGAGCCAACGCUCGGACUUACUACCAAAUCUUCUUCCGUGCAACAAUUUGGUCGAGUAGGUCGCCAUGACCCGGGAUUAGUCAUUACUCUAAUUAAAGAGUUUGGGGAGAUUGAUUUAAGCGAUAAUGUUUCCGCCGCGAUGGUGAAAGCUUGUUUUGAUGGAAAUGUUAAGCAAAUUGAAGAAAAGGCUUAUAAGCAAAUUUACGAUGUGGAUAUUUUGAGGGGAGCCUUAUCUUAUCCUGACCCCAAAACUUUCGGUAAAGCCCCCGAGGAAAUAUUGAUUGGUUUAAAAAUCACCAAGGAUCAGCAAAGUAAAAAAGAGAAAUUGACUCAAUUAGUUUGA